GUUGUUGUUGGUGGCGGCGGCGAGCGGAGCCGGAGGAGCCGCCGCAAAGAUGGAGGAGCCGUCGAGGAGGCGCUGCCGUCGCUGCCGCCGCCGCUGCUGCCGCCGCCGCCCGCGAAGCCGGAGCUCGAGCCGCAGCGGGUGAGCGCGCCGCCCCGGCCCAGAUCCCGUCUUCCCGGCCCCUUGGACGCGAGGCGGCGCCCCCUCCGCCUUCCGUCUCUGUCCGUAGGCUCCCAGCGCGCGCGCCGAGCUCCGCGCCCCCCUUCCUUCCUCCUGGGCCCGGGUGCCAGCCGGCGCUCCCCGGGAGCGUCGCCAGCCCGGGAGCUGGGCAUCGGGGUUGCUGCGCGCGCCCCUCCCUGCUCCUCCCAGACAGGGGCGCCUUCCCUGCAGGGAUGCCGUUCUGAGUGCCUGACUGCCUCGCCCCGAAGGAUGGCCUCGGAUGGGCAUUAGAGGCACGGCGGCCCCGGGCUCCCGUCCCGUCCGUCUGUCUGUUAUCGUCUGUCUCUCUUGACAUCACCGCAGCUCCACCCCCUCCCGUCCCAGCCCCCAACGCCAGCUUCCUGCAGGCCCAGAGCCGGCAUGAACUCUCCCAACGAGUCGGAUGGGAUGUCAGGCCGGGAACCAUCCUUGGAAAUCCUGCCGCGGACUUCUCUGCACAGCAUCCCUGUGACAGUGGAGGUGAAGCCGGUGCUGCCAAGAGCCAUGCCCAGUUCCAUGGGGGGUGGGGGUGGAGGCAGCCCCAGCCCUGUGGAGCUACGGGGUGCUCUGGUGGGCUCUGUGGAUCCCACACUGCGGGAGCAGCAACUGCAGCAGGAGCUCCUGGCGCUCAAGCAGCAGCAGCAGCUGCAGAAGCAGCUCCUGUUCGCUGAGUUCCAGAAACAGCAUGACCACCUGACAAGGCAGCAUGAGGUCCAGCUACAGAAGCACCUCAAGCAGCAGCAGGAGAUGCUGGCAGCCAAGCAGCAGCAGGAGAUGCUGGCAGCCAAGCGGCAGCAGGAGCUGGAGCAGCAGCGGCAGCGGGAGCAGCAGCGGCAGGAAGAGCUGGAGAAGCAGCGGCUGGAGCAGCAGCUGCUCAUCCUGCGGAACAAGGAGAAGAGCAAAGAGAGUGCCAUUGCCAGCACCGAGGUAAAGCUGAGGCUCCAGGAAUUCCUCUUGUCGAAGUCAAAGGAGCCCACACCAGGCGGCCUCAACCAUUCCCUCCCACAGCACCCCAAAUGCUGGGGAGCCCACCAUGCUUCUUUGGACCAGAGUUCCCCUCCCCAGAGCGGCCCCCCUGGGACGCCUCCCUCCUACAAACUGCCUUUGCCUGGGCCCUACGACAGUCGAGAUGACUUCCCCCUCCGCAAAACAGCCUCUGAACCCAACUUGAAAGUGCGUUCAAGGCUAAAACAGAAGGUGGCCGAGCGGAGAAGCAGUCCCCUCCUGCGUCGCAAGGAUGGGACUGUUAUUAGCACCUUUAAGAAAAGAGCUGUUGAGAUCACAGGUGCCGGGCCUGGGGCGUCGUCCGUGUGUAACAGCGCACCCGGCUCCGGCCCCAGCUCUCCCAACAGCUCCCACAGCACCAUCGCUGAGAAUGGCUUUACUGGCUCAGUCCCCAACAUCCCCACCGAGAUGCUCCCCCAGCACCGAGCCCUCCCUCUGGACAGCUCCCCCAACCAGUUCAGCCUCUACACGUCUCCUUCUCUGCCCAACAUCUCCUUAGGGCUGCAGGCCACGGUCACUGUCACCAACUCACACCUCACUGCCUCCCCGAAGCUGUCGACACAGCAGGAGGCCGAGAGGCAGGCCCUCCAGUCCCUGCGGCAGGGUGGCACGCUGACGGGCAAGUUCAUGAGCACAUCCUCUAUCCCUGGCUGCCUGUUGGGCGUGGCACUGGAGGGCGACGGGAGCCCCCACGGGCAUGCCUCCCUGCUGCAGCACGUGCUGUUGCUGGAGCAGGCCCGGCAGCAGAGCACCCUCAUUGCUGUGCCACUCCACGGGCAGUCCCCACUAGUGACGGGUGAACGUGUGGCCACCAGCAUGCGGACGGUGGGCAAGCUCCCGCGGCAUCGGCCCCUGAGCCGCACUCAGUCCUCACCGCUGCCGCAGAGUCCCCAGGCCCUGCAGCAGCUGGUCAUGCAACAACAGCACCAGCAGUUCCUGGAGAAGCAGAAGCAGCAGCAGCUACAGCUGGGCAAGAUCCUCACCAAGACAGGGGAGCUGCCCAGGCAGCCCACCACCCACCCUGAGGAGACAGAAGAGGAGCUGACAGAGCAGCAGGAGGCCUUGCUGGGGGAGGGAGCCCUGACCAUGCCCCGGGAGGGCUCCACAGAGAGUGAGAGCACACAGGAAGACCUGGAGGAGGAGGAGGAGGAAGAGGAUGGGGAGGAGGAGGAGGAUUGCAUCCAGGUCAAGGACGAGGAGGGCGAGAGUGGUGCUGAGGAGGGGCCCGACUCGGAGGAGCCUGGUGCUGGUUACAAAAAACUGUUCUCAGAUGCCCAGCCUCUGCAGCCGCUGCAGGUGUACCAGGCGCCCCUCAGCCUGGCCACUGUGCCCCACCAGGCCCUGGGCCGCACCCAGUCCUCCCCUGCUGCUCCUGGGGGCAUGAAGAGCCCCCCAGACCAGCCCGUCAAGCACCUCUUCACCACAGGUGUGGUCUACGACACGUUCAUGCUGAAGCACCAGUGCAUGUGCGGGAACACACACGUGCACCCUGAGCAUGCUGGCCGGAUCCAGAGCAUCUGGUCCCGGCUGCAGGAGACAGGCCUGCUUAGCAAGUGUGAGCGAAUCCGGGGUCGCAAAGCCACGCUAGAUGAGAUCCAGACAGUGCACUCUGAAUACCACACCCUGCUGUAUGGGACCAGCCCCCUCAACCGGCAGAAGCUGGACAACAAGAAGUUGCUUGGCCCCAUCAGCCAGAAGAUGUAUGCUGUGCUGCCUUGUGGGGGAAUCGGGGUGGACAGUGACACCGUCUGGAAUGAGAUGCAUUCCUCCAGUGCUGUGCGCAUGGCGGUGGGCUGCCUGCUGGAGCUGGCCUUCAAGGUGGCUGCAGGAGAGCUCAAGAAUGGAUUUGCCAUCAUCCGGCCACCAGGACACCAUGCCGAGGAAUCCACAGCCAUGGGAUUCUGCUUCUUCAACUCUGUAGCCAUCACUGCAAAACUCCUACAGCAGAAGUUGAACGUGGGCAAGGUCCUCAUCGUGGACUGGGACAUUCACCAUGGCAAUGGCACCCAGCAGGCGUUCUACAACGACCCCUCUGUGCUCUACAUCUCACUGCAUCGCUAUGACAACGGGAACUUCUUUCCAGGCUCUGGGGCUCCUGAAGAGGUUGGUGGAGGGCCAGGCGUGGGGUACAAUGUGAACAUAGCAUGGACAGGAGGUGUGGACCCCCCCAUUGGAGACGUGGAGUACCUUACAGCCUUCAGGACAGUGGUGAUGCCCAUUGCCCACGAGUUCUCACCUGACGUGGUCCUAGUCUCUGCUGGGUUUGAUGCUGUUGAAGGACAUCUGUCUCCUCUGGGUGGCUACUCUGUCACCGCCAGAUGUUUUGGCCACUUGACCAGGCAGCUGAUGACCCUGGCAGGGGGCCGGGUGGUGCUGGCCCUGGAGGGAGGCCAUGACUUGACCGCCAUCUGUGAUGCCUCUGAGGCUUGUGUUUCGGCUCUGCUCAGUGUAGAGCUGCAGCCCUUGGACGAGGCAGUCUUGCAGCAAAAGCCCAACAUCAACGCAGUGGCCACGCUAGAGAAAGUCAUCGAGAUCCAGAGCAAACACUGGAGCUGUGUGCAGAAGUUUGCCGCUGGUCUGGGCCGUUCCCUGCGGGAGGCCCAGGCAGGUGAGACCGAGGAGGCCGAGACUGUGAGCGCCAUGGCCUUGCUGUCGGUGGGGGCUGAGCAGGCCCAGGCUGCAGCAGCCCGGGAACACAGCCCCAGGCCGGCAGAGGAGCCCAUGGAGCAGGAGCCUGCCCUGUGACACCCCGGCCCCCAUCCCUCUGGGCUUCACCAUUGUGAUUUUGUUUAUUUUUUCUAUUAAAAACAAAAAGUCACACAUUCAA